CUCCUCCUGCUCCACCGCCUUUGACGCCUCAGAUAUCAUAGCCAUCCUCCUACCUCCUCCUCAAUCUCGCUUUGACGCCUCAGAUAAAACACAUCCUCCGCCGCCGUCGCUCCUCCCCCACCAUACCUUCAGAUCCGAAGACAAAACAUCAGCCAUGCCUCCUCCCUCGUCUCGCCUCUUCCUAUUCGACCGCCUCGUUCGUACCCCGAUGAUCGGCGGAAGUUCGCCCAGAUGCAAGUGGCGUGAACUUCCCUCUGAAGCCAAGCGGGCGUACGGGUUCGGGGAGGAGAGCCACGUCGCCGAUUCAAUCGUGCAGGGGCUGGAGCUGGAAGAAAGCCUCGCCCCUGCACCAGAUCUGUCCUUGCUGUUCCUCCGAGGCGGCAACAUGUACACUACUAUCCACACCAUCGACGAGAACCUGAUUGUGAUCUCAUCGGCCUUUGAAGAAGUUGACCACGGACGGGUCUUUCUCAUCUACGACGCCAGCGACAGGUCCCUCCUCAUGAUUCCCUCCAUGCCCCGCACUAGCCCUCCUAUCCAUACUGCUCGUGUUCUCGUCGCACGCCGCCGUGACGGCGACAAGUCGUACGCCCUAGUCUUCCCAGGGAGGAAGUUUGUCUCCUGGUCAGCCAAAGGCAACCCUCAAUACCAGGACGUUCUCUUUGUGUCGCCGUCCUCAUCCACCUCGCCCUGGCAGAUGGACAAGAAGGUUAAAAUCCCCCAGAAGUGGCACUCUGAUGAUAGCAGCUUUGUCGCUGAAGAAGUUUUCUCGGCCCAUGGCCGUGCUUACUGGGUGGAUCUCUUACGCGGCGUCAUGUACUGUGACUGCAACGAUAUACUCUCUGCUGACAUUGAUUGUGUGGACGUCCGCACCUUGGACCUGCCAGUGGGGUGCGAGAAGUACAUGGGCAGCAGAGAUGAAAUAGCAGAGGUGGCGGCCUUUAGAGCCAUGGGCGCUGUUGGGGACUCUAUCAAAUUUGUCUCCAUCGACGGCUACCUUGAGCCUGUGGAUCUUAAGGACUGCAAGGUGAGGAUCUGGAGACUGACGAAAGAUAUGAAUUGGGAUGUAGAAUACGAGCUCAGUCUGAUCAGCCUGUGGGAGGGGUUGGAGUUCAAAGGGGGCUUCUUUCCACGGUUGACACCAAUGUAUCCCUUCCUUAGCGCACUGGAUGACCAUGUAGUCUACUUCGCACUGGGCGAUUUCACCCGGCUUCAGAGGAAUGGCUUUCCAACUGAUCCAUCCUAUAUGGUACGUGUUGAUUUCCACCACAAGACUUUUGAGUGCAGACAUGUCUAUCAUUGGCGACACACCAGCAUGGCCGGUCUUCUUGCUGUCUCUCGCAAUGGUAAGAGGAAGCUGAGCGGACUAUCUCAGGGUGAAGAUCUCAAGCCAUGUCCUUCUGUUAGUUAGGUGAUUAUGCUAUUUGUUGCUACCAAAUGGUUUCUUUCAUGUCAACUGUUCAUUUCAUAUUCCAUUGCUUAAGAUCAACAGCAUAGCCUGUUCAUGUAAGCUUUAAAUUGGGAGCACAAGACAACUAUCAAGGAUCAUAAGUGUCUAUUUAUCUUAUUUCUUGUAACCAGAUGUUCCUCUGCCUCAUGUUUCCUUUAAAUUUGCUCUUGUUGGAGUGAGAAACUGUUAGUUUGUAAUCUGCAACUAAUGCUAUGAGGUUACUGUUGGAGGAUAUUCUUGUAAGAUCUCUAUUCUUUUUGUAGUACUAUGAUAUAUUUUGUUGCUAUC